AUGCUUAAUGGCGGCAUGCAGUCUGCAGUCUUCGUCAAAGGACCUAUUAAUGAUCCAUCCGAGCGUCUGCACUAUUGGACAGUUGAGAUCGCAUUACCAUUGCAAGAACUUGCAUCGCAUUCGUCCGCGAAGGUUCCUCCAGUAUCCAAUUCUUUUUGGCGGAUCAAUUUCUCUCGCGUCGAGUGGGCUGUUCGUGUCGCCACGGAUAGCUACACUGGCAAACAGCACUACGAAAAGAAAGCAGGGCUGAACGAGGAAAACUGGGUUUGGAGUGCACAGUACGCUGUCGAUAUGCAUCGACCAGAGUGGUGGGGAUAUCUUCAGUUUCGACCGCAAGGCCAAUCCCCGCCCAGAAUGAGCGACGAGGUGCCUCUUGACCCUGAAUGGGGUGUUCGCUACGUCAGUUUUCAGUUUUACUACGCGCAGCAUGCAUUCCACAAAGUGACGGGGACGUACACUUCAAGCUUGGAGCAUUUAUUACCGUAUUUUACUUCUCGGGAAGCUAUUGAGUGCACCAGUCUACUUGACACGAGCGCCACAGAGAAGUCGUUUAGUGCUCAGAUUGGGCUGAGAACAAAUGAUAGAUUCGUUGCGAGCAUCGAGGAAGACGGAUACAUUACCGUAGAGAAGGUGAGUAAAGCUAGCAUCACUGCGAUUGAAUGA